AUGUAAAAUUUAACAUAUAGUACACUCCAUCUGCCGUCCAGUCCAUAAACUCCUUCCACUCCCACCUUUGAAUAAUUAGAUUAAGAACAAAGUUCUAAACAUACUUCGCGGAGAACUCUUUUCGAUUUAGACGAAGAAUACAUCAUUCAUAAGAACCCUAUCUUUAAAAGGAGGUUGAAGAGUAAACAGAAUACUUAAAUUGAUUAUACUACCUUUUUAGGCCGUAAUUUAUUAGAAAACGAUAAUGAAUCAAUGUGA